AAUUAAAUGUCUUUCUCGUCACGCGCGCGCGCGCGCGCGCUUGAAUGAAAACCUUUGAGGAUGCAUUGCACCUGCCUCACGGUGUUCAACACUUUGACCCGAGCUUUUUCGCGAGUGCGAGUUUUCUGCAGCGAGCGUGUACGUGCCCGAAAGCUCGAAGCGUAGCAUCGACGGAUACAGAGUACGGAGUUUUCGCACGAGAAAUCUGCACGUUGCACGUGCGUUUUGCAGCUGUGCGCCGCUGUUCUUUCAGAUUCGAAUAAAUCGGUGUGGUGGUGCAACAUAACGCGAGAACGACCGAAGGAAAUACGUGCGAAACGAGAUGCCAGCUUUCGUAACGUUCGCGUCGCAUCUUAGAAGAUAUAUCACCACGCGAGGACUACGACGACUACGUUCGUUGGCGCGCUCAUCAGUUUUACACUUUUCUACUAAAUCGGCCCUUAACGUCCCCACGGGUGGCACCAAUCUAUGAUCGAUAAGCAUCUGCGGAGGAGUGUCUCAAUUCGAAUGUCGCCAUAGUGAUUCGUUUGUCUCAAUAUCGAACAUCGAACGUCCUGCGGAGGAGCGAGAGAGAAGAAUUCCGCGAUGUGCGUGACGGGGAAGACAUACGAGCAAGAAAUGGAUGGGAAAAGUACGUUCGAAUCUUAGCCAGCUCUUGCCCCGUAAAUAGCGUUUUGUAACCCCCGUCACGUGAAAUCGAUAUCCCUUAAGAGCCGGUCCGUGAGGUCGUUCGUCAGACCGGUGCUGCCUGUUUCGCCCCGCGAAAGUGGAAGAGUGGAGAGUGGGUGCCAGAGUGAGUCUGCGGGGAGCCUGCGGGAGGAGGCGGACAGGAACGAGGUUUGGCUGAAUAAAAGAAGAGAUGCAUAGGAAAAGACCAGCGUUCCUCAACGACAUGGGACUGCUAAUGUUCUUAGCAGUAACAGCCUCUCUGCUGGGUUACUGCCAAACAGACGAAAAAGUGUCGUUUUACGGGGCGAGCUACAUCCAUCUUCCGGUUCAAGAGGCCAAGGGUGCUACUGACAUCAGUUUCCGGUUCCGAACUCAUCUCUCCGAUGCUAUGCUGCUAUUGGCUGCUGGCAAGACGGAUUACUGCCUGAUCAAACUCGAAGCCGGCAGAUUGAAGGUUCACAUUAAUCUGGGCGCGGGCGAGAACGAGAUGGCGAGCGCCCGCGGAUUGACACUGAACGACCUCAGUUGGCACGAGGUCAAUUUGACGAGACGCGAGGCCAACAUCAGCCUACAGAUCGAUGUCAUACAUACGACGAGGUCGCAACUACCGGGUCGCUUCUUCGAGUUGAACAUACACUACGGCGUCUUCAUCGGCGGACAGGGCGAUUUCAACGAGCUAUUUCUAGGGCACACGGAUUAUCUGAGAGGAUGCAUGGCUGACAUAAUCUACAACGGCGCCAAAGUUAUAGAAUCCGCCAGGUCGAGGAGGGGCCAGUCGGAGGCAACAGCCGUAACGUGGGGUUGUUCACCGGAAUUCGACGCCACGAGGAGCACGGAAGUCAGCUUCGUCGAGGACGGCGCCUUCGCCGCCAUUCCGCGCCCCAUUCCGCGCUCCGGUUCAAGAUGGGAAUUCGAGUUGAAGACUAAUGCCGAGAGCGGCUUAUUACUCUACAACACCGGACAAUCGUCCCACGCCGAUUUCCUCGGUAUCGAGCUGUUCGAGGGUAAGAUACGAUUGCUGAUGAACAAGGGAAACGGUCCAACCGAGCUAACACACGGCACCACGGUAGCUAAUGGUAAAUGGCAUAACGUAAUCGUGGAUUUUAAUCCGAGCGGCCUCGGUAUCGCUGUCGAUCAUCACGAGAGAACCAUGGCCCUGCCAUCCGGCGGCAAUCGUUUCCUCGAUUUAGCCGACACCCUGUACAUCGGCGGCACGGAACUGAAUAAACGCGCCCGAGCCUUAACCAAGGGUCUCAGAUCCGGCGAUGUGAGCUACAAAGGCUGUAUACGAAACAUGAUUCUCGACAACAAGGAUCUCGGUUUACCGGACGUCAAGGUUAGUCAAGGUAUCGUCGUGGGUUGCGUCUGGGGAUACCCGUGCAUUGAGGUCGAUCCCUGCGUACCUGGUGCGUCGUGCAUGCAGCUAGGCGUCAACUCAUUCAUGUGCAACUGCGACCAGUCGCUGUGCAUCACACCAAAUUACGAGGAUUACAAGAUCUAUUCGAAUACCACCCUGCCUGUAAACUUAGAAAUUCUCUCGUUGAGCCCUCUACUAGUUUCCGAGGGGGAGCACGUGCUAGUAACGAAUGAAAACAUCGUGAUGAUACUGGAUAUUGCCAAAUACGGUGUGGAAGAAACCGGCGUCGUUUUCACUUUAGUGACACCGCCAGUUUACGGAACAUUGGCGUUAGACCUUUUAACAUCCCGAAGCGAUCACUCCUUUACAUUGCAAGAUAUCAAUCAAGCUAAGAUACAGUACAUGCAUGACGGUAGCGAAACCACAGAGGACAGCAUGAUUCUGGAAUUGACAUUGGUGGCUGGGACAGGCUAUACACUCCCAGGAUACCUCCAAGGACACCUCAGGUUCCCCCUUUACGUCAAUGUCACUUCCGUCAACGACCCGCCGUUGUUCGAGAUACCGACCGUGAAAGUACUGCGUCUGGCCCAAGGUACAAGAAAAACACUGACCAAGGAAUUAAUAUGGGCUAUAGACGCCGACACCCCGUCGGAAAUGCUGAUUUAUACAGUUUUACGAGCGGAUACCGACGCUGGACACGUCGAGAGAGUUACUUAUCCGUUUCGACCUAUCGACACAUUUACGCAGGCUGAAUUAAUGCAAGGUCUCAUUGCCUACGUGCAUCGUGGAAACGCUAAAACGAACGCGAUGUUGAGCUUACAAGUGAGCGACGGCAUCGAGAGCAGUCAACCCGCGUACCUGCGCGUAUCGGCUUACCCAUUGCAAAUUAAAUUGACACACAAUACCGGUCUCGUCGUAGUGCACCGUUCGUUCUCUUACCUGACACCCGCAAAUCUAUCGUUCGCCACGAAUUCGGAUGACAAUACGAUCGAUAUCCGUUACGAUAUUAUCUCACCGCCACAUUAUGGUGUUUUACAAAAAUUGAGGGAUAUCUCUAACAGCUGGAUGAACGUCGAACAUUUUACAAACCGGGACAUGGAAUUGAACACUGUUCGUUAUCUUCAUAACGUCGGUAGCCCUAAUCAGGACGAGUUUAAAUUCCAAGCGAGCGUGCGCGAAGUGAAGACGCAGCAGAUGUACGACUUCCGUAUUACCUUCAUCGAUCUUGAGCUGAAGGAGACCAGAAGGAUGCCUGUUAAUCUCACGGACAUAUCGAACGUCAUUAUCACGAGCAAUCACUUGAGAUACCAGACGAAUCCACUAGUUACAUCGCCGAGUAAGAUCGUCUUUACUCUUACAAUGGGACCAAGAUACGGCGAUCUAUUUCUGUCCGAUCGUAAACUCGUGCCAGCUAGUACCUUCACGCAGGAAGACAUCGAGGCCAGCAGAUUAAACUACCGUCUAUUCAAACGAUCUUAUUCUAAUAUCUUCGACGAAAUAAUGUUCAAGGUUAAUGCACCUCAGUGCGUCGACAUACACGCCAACUUGAAAUUCCGAUAUUAUCUUGGCAAGAACAGCAAAUCGCUGGAGGGCGUGGAAAAUUUGAAAGUUGACGAGGGCUCGAAAAUGCCUCUGAAGAUCACACAUGUGAAUCCGAAGGAAUAUGAUGUAUCCUCUUUGAUGUACAAUCUUACAAUAAAACCAAAUCAUGGUUGGCUCUCCAUCGCAAAUAGCUCGAGAUCGCAAGGACAAAAGAAUGUCUCAUCUUUUACAUUCGAAGAUGUGUUGAAUCAAACAGUAUAUUAUGUGCACGAUGAUUCCGAGACGAAAGAGGACUCCUUUGAGUUUGUGGCAGUAUCUCUGGAUUCCGUGGACUUCAUGUACGUUGGAAAGUUCCGAAUUGAAAUUAUUAUGAAAAACGAUAAUCCACCGGAACGAACAGUUAAUAGAAUUUUUCAUGUUGUAUCAAAAGGCGAAAAAUUGAUAACGAACAAGGAUCUCGCUUACAUAGACAAAGAUGUUGGUACUCGAACAAGCGAACUUAUUUAUAAUAGAAGAGAUACCCGGAAAAGCGGAAUAUAUAGAGUGACUAAUCCUUCGGUACAGAUACGCGACUUUUCGCAACAGGACAUCGACAACGGUAUUAUACUCUUUCGGCACCAAGGGGAUGAACGCGAAAAAGUUGAAUUCGGUAUCACCGACGGUCACUUUUACAAAAUCGGCGCUCUUGAAAUUCAAGCCAGUCCACCCUAUAUCAAAUUGCGUGAGAGCAACGGUUUGGUUGUCCAAUUUAACAAAUCCGUGGUGCUCCAGUCGAAAGAACUUGAGAUAGAAACAAACGUAUAUUGCACAGAAAAAGACAUCAAGUACACUGUAUGGGAGAGGCCGAAGCAUGGUAUAUUGCUGAAGCAUAAUAGAGAGUCGAAUACUUUUACAGAGGAUGAUUUAAAGCAUGGUAUUGUGUCAUACAAGCAUCUAGGUAGUUCCAUGACAAAGGACGUCUUCAGAUUUAAGGUGUUUGUUAAGAGUGCAGAGGCUGAAGGUGUGUUUGUGAUCAAUGUCUAUCCGGAGAGUUAUUGGGAGUCGUUGGUCAUCCAAAAUAACGAGACGAUAUUCGUCGAGGAGGCUACGAGCAUCCUGCUAAGUCGGAAGAGUCUCGAGAUAAUGCAUCCUAAAAUAUCAUCGACCGAAAUUGUCUAUUUCGUGCGAGAGUGGCCGCAGAAUGGCUACCUAGAUUUGCAGAUCCACGACGAGCACAGCGAGGAGAUGAGGGAGGAGUACAGCGGCAACGCGGUAAAACAUUUCGAGCAGAGUCUGAUAAACGACGGUCGCGUCUUUUACGUUCAAUCGGUGAUUAAUCAAACGAGCGAUCGUUUCGUUAUAGAUGUUACCAAUGGUAUCACGUGGUUACGAGGUCUGAGCGUGAACUUUGUGAUCGUGCCGGAAAAACUCUAUAUCGAGGCGAAGAGCUUCACCGUUGUAGAAGGGAAGAGCGUGAUGCUAAGUGAAUCGAACUUCUUGGUCGUGACGCCGUAUUACGCCGGCAAAAUGACGGAUUAUAGAAUAACGGAGAAGCCGCGGCACGGUACGAUUCUCGAUUCCACGAAGAAUACUCAAGUGAAGAAAUUUUCGCAGAAGCACUUGAAUGCCGGAGUCAUACUAUACAAGCAUAACGGGGACGAAUUUUCGUGGGAUUCCUUCAAGAUGGUUGUCACCGCUGGUGAUAAGAUAAGCGAGCCGUUUGACGUACCAAUCAUUGUUCAGCCCGUUAACGACGAGGUUCCUGUACUGGUGAACAGAACUAAACUUAACGUUUGGCAAGGUGGAUCCGUUAUCUUGACGUCAACAAACUUGGCGGCUAUUGACAAUGAUACCUCCCCGAAUGAUAUAAUAUUUAAUGUUACUGGAGUGAGAAACGGAUACAUCUCGUUGACCAUUGCACCCGAAAUAGACAUCUAUACUUUCUCGCAGAGUCAAAUCAACGAAUCGCAAGUGAUGUUUACACAUACGAAUGGAUCUGAUGGCGAAUUUAAUUUCAUAUUAAGUGAUGGCGUACACACGACGGAAUUUUACACGAUCUUAAUCACCACAAAGCCAGUUCGUCUAAGCAUUGAACACAAUAUGCCCCUUAAUGUCUUUCCUCUUACUAAGAAAUUAAUAUCCGACAAGCUUUUAUUAACGACGUGUUCUGACGAAGCGAGAGAGAUUAGAUACACUGUGCGAAACGGGCCUCAUUUAGGCAAAGUUAUAAUGGAGACAAGUGAAGGGGUAUGGCUCGAGGUCGAGCGAUUUACUCAGAAAGAUAUAAACAAUAGUAAAGUGAUUUAUGAGCACACCAAGCAAUUCAUGGACUUAGCGGCCAAUGACUCUUUUACGUUUGACGUCGAAACGCACUUCGCUGGAACUUUAAUAAAUCAGAUUUUCCAAAUAGAUAUAUCAGUUUCGAGCGGCGGCCUGGACCGAUAUAUCUCUAUGAAAAACGUCAGAGUCGUGGAGGGUGGCUCCGCCGAAGUCGUUAUGAACAUUAGCGGCAUCGUAUCGUUUCUACAGAUCAACGCCGGGAUUGAGAAUCCAGCGGUAUUAUCGAAAUUAGUUCACCAGCCUAGUCACGGGCACGUGAUGCUUUUGCCGGAUUUGAAUGUGACCACCUUUAUGCAACCGCAAAUCGAGGGCGGAAAGAUCGCUUACUACCACGAUCAUUCGGAUACCCUGGAAGAUCGCAUUUAUUUCUCGCUAUAUUUAAUACCCGGUCAUGUGUUACUUUGCAACACCAGUAUUCCCGUCAUUAUCGAGCCGAUUAACGAUCAGCCUUUCAAACUCGUCACCAACACUCCAUAUAUCUCGGUCGUGCAGAAUCAAAAUCAGACCAUUACUCGGGAGAAUCUUUUGACUACCGAUCCCGAUACUCCACCGCAGGAUAUCACAUAUGACGUGAUUUCAGGACCGACAUUCGGUAGAUUAUUGCUGUUACCUUUCGAUCAAAACACGUCGGAGGUACGCCAGGUGGACAAAUUUACCCAGUACGACAUAGACUCCAAUCGAGUGGUAUACGAGCAUAAUGGAACGCUGCAGGCCGCUUCUUUCUACUUCAGGGUCUGGGACGGUGGUUACAAUCCGAUUUAUACCGUCUUCAACGUCCACGUUUUACCUAUACGACUGAAUGUGACGGUGCCUGGUCCGAUUAGUUUGCAGCAAGGCUCGAACGUGGCGCCCAUUUCCGAAAACGACAUAAAGCUCGAUACGAAUGCGCGUCAGGAUCUGGUGAUCUACGAAAUUACGACACAUCCAAAAUUCGGAGUGUUGUACGUGCGGGACGGCGCCGCGUCGAUGUUCAAGCAGACCGAUCUACAGUCGAAGAGCGUAGUGUUUAUGCAAACGGAUAUGACGGUGCCAAACGACAGUUUGGAAUUGUCGGCGCGACUGAGCGGUUUCGUGCAAAAGCAUAUACAUGUCGAGAUCAAAGUUACGCCUCUCAUUAUUAUGAAUCCAUUGACGGCGUUGGCAGGCGAAAAGAAUCGAAUAACUUUGCAACAUCUAGACGCAACUCCCUUAGCGAAGUUAACGACGAGCAAUCCGUUUUAUACUAUCGUAAGGAAACCAAAGUUCGCCAAGAUCAAGAGGGUUAUCAGGAGUUCCUCGUCGCCCGGCGAGAAGAGAAAUACGCGCGAACGGGAAGUGACACGUUUUUCGCACCAGGAGAUUAUCUCCGGUGUGAUAUAUCUGGUGUGCAGAAAAAUACCGUCGAUAGACGGCGUCACGGACAGUUUCAGUUUCAUUCUUGCGGCGUCCAUCUUCCAGCCAGCCGUAGGUAACUUUGAAUUCCGCAUCAAGCUCGACAUAGACGACGACAACAUCACCCUAGGCGGUCCGAUGGAUCCUGUCGGUCAUGAGGGCGAGAUGGCGAUCGCACCGAAUAUGAGCAAUGAUUAUCUACUAAUUCUCGGCAUGUUGCUCGGCGUGUUUCUUCUCGGCGUGGUUGUAAUUAUCACGAUCAGAUGCCGGCACAACAGAUACAAGCAUGCUGAAGAGGAAAAAGCAGAAACCACUCCCGCUGUCGGUGUGAUGCCGCUUCCCAGACCGCCGGAUCAUCUGAUGCCUGCUACCCCGCAUUUAAAGCCUUUCGGUAACGAUCAUAAUAGUGUAACGGCUAGCACGCCUCUGCCGGUGUUGCCCUCAACGUUACCCCAAUGUAAAGUGAUACCCUUGAGUCCUCUGGAAAGCGGCUCAGAGGUCGACGUAUCCGCCAGGUAUCCCUAUGGGGUAGCGGACGGCGACGAGUGGAGUAGCUUCGAUACUUCCGAUCUACCUUGCCAGUCGGCCACAACUCAAAGGACCAAGAAGAACCCGUUGUUGAGGAGGGACCAGUACUGGGUCUAGCAGGAGAGAAAUACGUUGCGGUUUACGCGAAAAAAACCGUAGCGUCUUCUGGGGUAUUUCAUGCGAGAAUCGAGACUAUCGUGGAUAUCACGGACUUAAUGUGCCUAAGGAAAGUGAAAUCUGCGACGGAAUUUAUGGAAACCGUUCGUCGAGAUUCGAGGUCAUCGCGCCAGACGUAUAUGCAUCGAAUAAUAGUGAGAUGACAUUCGAUGCUGUUGCGAGAAUUUAGUGAUCGUCGACAUGUGUUUCGGUGCGUCCGAUUAUAAUCGAAAAAAGCGAAGGGACUCCUUGACUGUAGGAGAUUUAUGGAUUGAAAACGGUCGAGAAUUAUCGAUAAUUCUCGAUCCAAAAUAGUUCGCAAUGUCUCGUGUAUUAUUAGCCUAAAACGGUAUAAACAGGAAACUAGAUCUCCUUGAAUGUCACGACUAUCGCCGCUAUCACGAGCUCAAUGUGCCUGAAAGAUGUCUGACUCUGCUGACAUUUUUUCCACUAAUCACAACACGUCGAUUUUUCGUAUAUCUAUUCUAUGUCCCUUCCUCCCGGCGGAUCGAAAUAAAUUCGAUCAUUAAAAAGGCAGAUCGAUUAUUCAUUAAAGACUUUUGCAAUAAAUUCAAUCCUGGUCUAACAAUAAGCAAAAGAUCCGUCGGUUUACUGGCUCGUUUUAGAGUGCAGACUUUCAGAAAACGUAUAACCGCUUUUACGUUCUUCACCUUCUUCCAUUUUUACACUUUUUGUAAAUUUAGAUCAAUAAGAUUGUUAUAAAAAUGGCAUUUAUCGAUUUUUGCUCUCAUGAAUUUCAGAUAAAAUCGAAGCAUUAAGGCUUAAAAAAGGCGGAACUUUCGCUCUGUCCUAAGUUAUAAACAAAAAAAAUAGAAACGCGAGUAAUCAGGAUAAUACAAGAACUUUAUCAAACUGUCGAUCAUAAGACGAUCAAAUGCGCACAAUUUAAUCGAGCGCUUGUAUGUUCCUGUUACUUGUUACUUGACACUAAAGCAAAUGUCACUUGACUCAAAUGAAUGCAUUUAUACUAGCUGUACUCGAGUUUGUGUGGACAUAUCCUUUUAUACCGCCGUAUAUUGUCCAAGUUAAACUUUUAUUUUGCUCCAAUACGAAUCUCUCAUACGGUCAUUUUAUUCUAUCGUUACUCCGACUAUUUCGAUGUUGCUCGUACCGUGCAAGUAAACGUAAAAUGCCAGUUAACAUCUGUUCAAAACGUAAAAAAAUCAAGUCGCCGAAACAAUCUUUUUGUGACAAUGCAAUAUCGCGCGUUUUAGCUUUAGUGAAAGACUUUAGCUGUGGUGAAAUACGCUGAAUUAUUUCAUUAAUAACAUGCCAUAUAGCAGAUAAAAAAAUUGUGUCAAAUAAUUAUCAUAAAUUAGUAUUAGAUCAAGCAAUUAUUAAUUGAUAGCGUUAUUGCCGCGAAUCAUUUUUUUCAACAUGUUUUUCAUCGCGAUGAUUAUCUUUAAAUUACACAGAAUCGCCUAUGAAAUUUUCACAAUUAUCUGUUUCGUUUCUAUAGCGAACGAUAGAUUAUUAGUCGACGCCAAUAAUACAAUUAUUUAACGUAACUUAAAUGCAAAUUAUCAGUAACGAUCGAAAUCUAUAAGCCGUUUUUUAUACGAGUACGAGAGUAGAUCUUUCCUACUACGAAACGUUGAUGCGCGGCGAGUUCGUAAUUCAUAAGCGAUGAACGGGGUUGUGCGUGCGCGGUUUCAGUAUCAGAGAAAUUUCUUGACAAAGAUGUAUGUUGGCGAGUUCGUUGAAUCUUAAAAAGAAUUUUAUGUUAUGUUGCUCUUGCGCAAACUCACGGUAACCUUAAUAGAUCCGCUUCCGGCCAAUGUCGAACACUGUAGAACCGCAUUAAAUUUUCAUUUAGUUUACAAAAAUAACUAUGUAAAGAAAAAAUCGGGGAGGAAGAGAAUUAACACUAAACGCAUUAGACACCGUUAUAAAAUAAAAAUUAUAUAUCAACGAUAUAUAAACAAAAAUAUAAUAUUAAUAUUAUCAAUGUCAAUCAAACUAUAUAAAUUAAUCAGACCGAAUAAUAAAUAGUACAAUUUCUAAUUCAUGUAAACUAAUGGGGGAUUAUUCUCUUAUAUUAAAAUUAUACGGCCAUAUAAAAUUUUCUAUAUGUUAGUAAUAAUAAUGAGUAUUAAAAAAAAAGCAGGGAUCUCUUUAUCAAAAGAUCCGUAUCACUUAUUGUCAGACCUAGAUACAUCGUGCCUCCCUACUUUACUGCUACUAGUAAUUUAAAGCCUCGUCUCUCUCAAAAGAGAAAAGGCAGGUUUAUUAUUGACUCAAAUUGAUUGUAAAACUACGAUGUAUUGACAAAGAAGAAAUUUCGUAUUUUUUCGCGGGAAUUCAAGCAAAUGUCUGGCCGAAAGUGGAUUAAUGGCAAUUUCCCUAAAAUCUUAGAAGCGUAUCUAAUAAAGCAGUCUAACGUGAAUGUUGAUUAUAACGAUCAUAACGAUUUAUAUAUAUAUAUAUAUGUAUAUAUUAUAAUGCGUACACUACUACGUAGAAUGUACCGUUCCAUGGAUUCAUAUAACAUAUGCAUUAAUAGAUUCUAAUUAAAGACGUUUUAUUGAAAAAGACAGAAAGAGACACCCGUUCGUUGAUUCAUGAAUAUGCUAAAGACGAACCGUUAGGCUUUUUUACAUCCACCAAAAGUGAACUGAUCUGAGAGUGCCAAACUUCUAUAAUCUAUAAUAUAUAAUUAUCAUAGGACUGUAUUUUCCCUGCCGACUGAAUGCAUUACUCUUCUAAUUCUAAUAAAUUGAAUGUGCGAUGUUAAA